GUGAAUCGGAAGAGCCACAAAAGUGAACAAGUGAUCGUAAAAUUCUUUUAAAUAUUUAAUUUUGUUUAAGACUUAGAAAAAUUUACAGAUAUUUUCUCAAGUUUAAAACACUUUGAAAAAAAAAAUCAUAGUAAAAAAGACUUCAAAUAUUUUUUCGAGCAAAUUUUCUUCAAUAAGAGCUUCCGAAGCUUGAAACUAAACUCAGAAACCAAGAUCUUUGCAGAAAAUGAGACCUAGAAAGUCGAAUCGCUGGUUCAUCGAAAAUGUGUCCACAAGUGAGAAAUUUUAUCUAAACGUGGGCAAAUUUGUGAUUGGACGCGAUCAUCACGCAAACGAUUUGAAUAUGAUCAACAUUCGAAAUAUUCCCAAAAUAGAAUGGCAGCACUGUUCUAACCAGCACUGCUCUCUUGAAUUAUCGACAGAUCAAGAAACUGUUCGACUCUCGAAUAUCUCGAGAUUCGGCACGUUCGUCAACGACAUCAAGGCAAAUGGAGUCAUACUUGAAGUUGGUGACAUUAUUACAUUGGUCGACCGAGCGGUGAUAGAAGAAAUGUAUCGACCGUUGAUCAAUAAAUUGUCAUUCAUUCUUCGGCAGAACGAAAUAAACCCGGAAGUGGUUUCCAAACCAGAUCCCGAAGAAGAUGUCAUUAUCAUUUCUGAUGAUGAGGAUGAUUCGAAAAAAAUCAAAGUUGGAAGAAUAAAAAAGCACGUAAAAUUCGCUGAAGACUAUGAAAUAGGUGAACCAUCGAUCAAGAAGGAACCAACGCCCGGAAUAUCUCCAAUCGCAGCCAAUCGUAAUGACGGAUCACCAAAAGGAGAUAACAAAGUGCUUAUAAAAUGUAGUACUGUGAAUACCAAGACCGAACGUGAACCAGAAAAAAAAGCAGCUAAAUUACCGUUGGUAUUGUCGAAAAAACCCAAUCGCAUUGCCCAUACGCCGAAGGUGAACAAUCCAAUCGAUCAAUCCGAAAAUCCACAAAAACAAGCGAAAAAACGUGAAUCAAGAAGCCCACCACGAGUGAUAUGCGAACCAAAAUCUCCCAAAUAUAGUUUAGAUUCGCUACUGACACCAUCGAACAGUCCAAUGGAUAUAGAUGAGCCCGAAUUUGUUGAUCCCACAGCCAAGAUAAUUGGUAUUAUCAUUAACUGGGAUGCGGCGAAAAUUAUGAAUCCGAAAUUCAGAAAGGAGGACUUCUUUAAGUCAAACGUUCAAUUAGUUCCAAAAAAAACCUUCACAGACGUCAAAAACUACGAAAGUGUUCAAGAGUGGGUGCUAAAAGUGAACGCUUGGCAUAAAUUGAAUCAUUACUUAAAAGAUAUUUCGGCCGAUAGUAAUAUUCUCCGUAUAUCUAGCAUUGAGACUAACUUUCGUGGAAAAAUUGAGCAGCUCAUUUUUAAUUGCCAAUGUACGGGCCAAACAAAUUGGGUGAAAUCAAUCGAAGUUAAUGAAGUGUUGGUUGUUGAAGCCACGGUGAGCAGCAGCUCAGCGCGUCGAACAUUUCUGGGUGUUAUUACCCAAAUUUUAAAUAAAAAAGAGAACCUCGUGUCUUUCAAACUUCAAGUCGGUUUGGGAAACAAAGAUGACAUUAGAAUCCCAUCAAGAGCAAGAAUUAUUGCCAACCAUAAUGUAAACCAAUGCAUUAGAUUGUACGAGACAAUCUUCAAUGCACGUCAUUCAAGCCUAUUUGAAGAAAUUAUAAAUCCUAGCGAAAUGCAUUGUUUACAAUUCGGUGUUGAAUUGAACCCACAAAAUUGUAUCUAUCCACUCAAUGAGGAACAACAUAAUACAUUUUCGAAAAUUGUUAACAAUACGAUCGAAGCAUUGAAUGGUGGUAAUGCGUUUGCAACGGUCAUUAACGGUGGCCCAGGGACGGGCAAGUCUAAACUUCUCAUUGAAACACUUAUUGAGCUGGUACGCUCUGAAAAUUUCAAUAAGAAGGGCUUCAAAAUUUUGGUGACUGGUGCAACAGACGAUGAUGUUGAUGCAAUUGGCUAUUGGGUUGACAAGUAUCGUAAUGACGAAAAGCAGAGUGGCAAAAUUACACGUCAAAUGCGUGAGCAAUUAAAAUUUGUUCGCUACGGAAAUGUUCCGGACUCGCUUGUUUCAAAAUAUAUUGCUCAAUAUCAAGCGAGAGAUCUAGCAAAUCGGUCCAGUAAUCCAUGUUUUGACAGAUACCAAGAAAUUUUGCAGACAGCCAAAAUUAUAUUUGCACCAAACGAAAUGUUGAUUCAAUUGAAAAAGUAUGUCGAUAAGAUCGAUGUCAUUUUAUUUGAAAAUGCAUCGGAAUGCGAUGAAAUGAACUCGACCGUUCCACUUUUAUUUUCACCGUCGUCACUUGUAAUGUUUGGUGAUUCAAAUCGGAAUCCGAAAGAUUCGCGAGAUCUGAUCUCUAAAUAUCCCAAAAGUAACACCAAUCAGUCUAUGUUCAAAAGGCUACUUGAUGCCAAGUAUUAUGUCUUACACUUGAACCGCACAUAUCGAUUUUCAAAGUUACUCUUGCAUAUGCUGAAUGAAACAAUGUAUUACGAGAAGCGAUUGGAGCUUUUCAAUAGAGACCAGCAAUUUACGCAACUCAAAGGUUUUGCCGUCUUACACUAUGAAAAUGAAAACGAACAUGAAUUGGUGCAGUUGAUGAAACGAGUGGUUGAAAUUACAUAUCCAAAAUUACGUUCGGCAUCUGCAACUCCGUCAAAUAUUCGAUACGGUAUCAUUCGACCAGCAAACGUUAACACGGAAACAGUGGCAAAAGCAUUAGAUAUGUUUCGAUCACAGGUGACACUUUCCUCUAUUCAGAACUUUAUUCAGAGCUAUUGGUUUUUCGAAAAAGACAUCGUAAUCAUAUGGGUGAAUGAUAGCAUGAAAUAUGAGUACCACCACCGUUUUGCAUCUUUUAUAUCGCUGAUGACUCUAGCGCGAAAGGCCGUUUACUUCAUCGGUUCGACAAAUACAUUUUUGAAUGAUCCGAAUUUAGGAAAACUUUAUCGGUAUGCUGUCAAUAGUAAAGCCAUAUGCGAAGUCAAAAAUAUAAGGAGAAACGAGGGUCUUCUUCAUGAAAUACUGAACAACAAUUCUUAAAACAAUACGAAAUAAGUUCGAUAAUUUGUAUUACCAAUUAGAAUUAGAAUGGAAAAAUAAAAAUAAGUACACAUUUUCCAUAA